GUCCGGCCACCUGGUCUUCCCUCGGCCCCGGCCACCUCAGAGUCCACGAAAUGAAACCAGGACGCUUAUGGCUGCAUCUCGUGCUGCUUGGGGCCUCUCUGCCCUCUGGGCUGGGAUGGAUGGACCCAGGACCCAGCAGAGGCCUGAACAUGGGUGUGGGUGAGCCACAGAUGGAGGAGUCCAGAAGCUUUGAAGUCACAAGAAGAGAAGGACUUUCUGGCCACGAUGGGCUGCCAGCCUCCUGUGGGAAGAAGUUCUGCAGCCGCGGGAGCAGGUGCAUGCUCAGCAGAGAGACAGGGGAGCCCGAAUGCCGGUGCCUGGAGGCAUGUAGGCCCAGCUACAUGCCCGUGUGUGGCUCCGAUGGGAGGUUUUAUGAGAAUCACUGUGAGCUCCACCGAGCCGCCUGCCUGCUGGAGAGAAAGAUCGUCGUUGUCCACAGCAAGGACUGUUUCCUUAAAGCUGACCAGUGCACCAUGGCCGACUACGCCCGCCUGAAGAAUGUCCUUCUGGCGCUCCAGACCCGCCGGAAGCCGCUCCCAGAUGGGGACAGCAGACGAGACCCAGCCUCCCAGAAGCGCCUCCUGGUGGAAUCUCUGUUUACGGACUUGGAUGCAGACGGGGACGGCCACCUCAGCAGCUCUGAACUGGCGCAGCACGUGCCGAAGGAGCAGGACCUGGAGGCGGACUUCCUGGGGUGCUCGCCCGGCGACCUCCUCCGAUUUGAUGACUCCAACAGUGACGGCUUCUUGACGCUCCACGAGCUCUACACAGCCUUCCGGGUGGUUCAGCUCAGCCUCGCGCCUGAGGAGAGGGUCAGUGUGGCCACAGUGACCGUGGGGCUGAGCACCGUGCUGACCUGCGCUAUCCGUGGAGAGCUGCGACCACCCAUUGUCUGGAAGCGCAAUGGGCUUGCCCUCAACUUCAUGGCCUUGGAAGACAUCAAUGACUUCGGAGAGGACAACUCCCUCUACAUCACCAAGGUGACCACCGUCCACAUGGGCAACUACACGUGCCACGCCUCCGGCCAUGAGGAGCUCUUCCAGACCCACGUCCUGCAGGUGAAUGUGCCACCAGUCAUCCGCGUGUAUCCAGAGACCCAGGCACAGGAGCCCGGUGUGGCGGCCAGUCUGAGAUGCCACGCAGAGGGCAUUCCUAUGCCCAGAAUCACUUGGCUGAAAAAUGGCAUGGAUGUCUCCACCCAGAUGUCGAAACAGCUUUCUCUAUUAGCCAAUGGGAGCGAACUCCACAUCAGCAGUGUUCGGUAUGAAGACACAGGGGCGUAUACCUGCAUCGCCAAAAACGAAGUGGGCGUGGAUGAAGAUAUCUCCUCACUUUUCAUCGAAGACUCGGCUAGAAAGACCCUGGCAAACAUUCUGUGGCGAGAGGAAGGCCUCAGUGUGGGGAACAUGUUCUACGUCUUCUCGGACGAUGGCAUUAUCAUCCUGCACCCCAUGGACUGUGAGAUCCAGAGGCACCUCAGACCCACGGAGAAGAUCUUCAUGAGCUACGAAGAAAUCUGUCCCCAAGCGGAAGGAAAUGCCACCCAGCCAUGCCAGUGGGCCUCAGCCGUGAACGUCCGGCACCGGUAUAUCUAUGUGGCCCAGCCAGCACUGAACAGAGUCCUCGUGGUCGACGUGCAAGCCCAGAAAGUUCUACAGUCCAUAGGUGUGGACCCUCUGCCGGCUAAGCUGUCCUAUGACAAGUCUCAUGACCAAGUGUGGGUCCUGAGCUGGGGGGACGUGCACAAGUCCCAACCGAGCCUCCAGGUGAUCACAGAAGCCAGCACUGGCCAGGGCCAGCACCUUAUCCGCACGCCCUUUGCAGGAGUGGACGAUUUCUUCAUCCCCCCAACAAACCUCAUCAUCAACCAUAUCAGGUUUGGCUUCAUCUUCAACAAGUCUGACCCUGCCGUUCACAAAGUUGAUCUGGAAACACUGGUGCUGCUCAAGACCAUCAGCCUGCAGAGCCACGGCUGUGUGCCCCAGGCCAUGGCCCACACGCACCUGGGCGGCUACUUCUUCAUCCAGUGCCAAGAGAACAGCCCCGCGCCUGCCGCACCCCAGCUGCUGCUUGACAGCGUCACGGACUCUGUGGUCGGCCCCAACGGGGACGUGAGCGGCACCCCACAUAUGUCUCCCGACGGGCGCUUCAUCGUCAGCGCGGCCCCCACCAGCCCCCAGCUGCACGUGCAGGAGAUCACGCUGCAGGGGCGGAUCCGGACCCUCUACAGCUUGACAAUCAGCGCAGGCGUCGCGGACAUGGCCUUCCAGCCCUCCUUCACCCAGGGCGACCAGUACCACGUGUUCGCCACUGCGGAGACAGAGCCGGCCCUGCUGUUCCUGGAGCUGUCCACGGGGAAGACGAGCGUGCUGAAGAACCUAAAGGAGCCGCCCGCGGGGCCAGCCUGGCCUUGGGGAGGGCCCCGCAGGAUCGUGAGGGACAGCGGGCUCUUCGGACGGUACCUGCUCACGCCAGCGCAGGAGUCGCUGUUUCUCGUCGACGGGAGACAAAAGGCACUGCGCUGUGAGGUGGCGGGCAUCAGGCGGGGGACCACCGCCGUGUGGGUGGGCGAGGUAUGA